AUGAUGUUAAUCUUAUGUUUGAUAGGUUGUAGAUAUAAAUACCAAUAGUAUUACAAAUGUGAAGAGAGAACUGAUGAUGCAUAAGCACUCUUAAUUACAAUCAACAUUUGGGAAGCCAUAAUUCCCCAACAAUAUGUUGAAAUAGUUGUUGCACUGCUCACAGUAAUGUAUGUGUAUUUAAUUCAUUUAAGAGAAGAAAAACACUGCACAAAUGAAGAACGAAUUUAACUAAUUAGAUAAAGUAAACAGGAAAUGAUCAACAAUGUAUGUCAGAGCAACUACAGCAUAUUUGACAGUUAAUCAUAUUACUGCAAUUAAGUCACAAAGUAACCUUUAGAAACAUCGAUCAUUAAGAUAGAUUCUAACUAAGGGCUGAGACUAGGAGAUUUUAGUGUAAAUUCUCAAUAUGGCUCCUGUUCAUUAGACCUAUUGAAAUAAUAAACCUUGUUUAUUGAAUAAGCACACUAAGCAAAAAAUUUACUUUUAUGA